AUGACUGCCCCUAUCACCACGCCGGCGGCGUCGACGCCAAAGGAGGCGGCGUCAACGAGGAAAAGGAGGAGGAGGGCCCCCGCCGGCGGAGCUGCUGAUGACUGCUUCACCUGUGCGAAGCGGAAUGUGAAGUGCGAUAGGAGGAGACCUUAUUGUUCGCAGUGUUUGGAGAUUGGCAACGAGUGUUCAGGUUACAAGACGCAGCUCACAUGGGGAGUUGGCGUCGCCAGUCGGGGGAAGCUCCGUGGGUUGUCUCUGCCUAUUGCAAAAGCGCCUCCUGUGAAUCCUCCUAAGCCUGCGAAGGCACCGGCACCGGCGUCUUCGACGACGCGGCGCUCGACGACGACAACAUCGACAACAUCGACAACAACGACCACCAAUCCUGCCACUACCACUACGACUAAUCCUGCUCCUACCCUCCCGACUGCUCCAUGGCCGGCAGAGCACGAUGAUCGUGCUGGAAAGGACGAGAUAGACAUGGCUCACCAUCAUCGGAAUCCCUCUAUGCCCCCUGUGACGUCGCCAUUUCACCCUUACGAUGUUCCACCAAUCUCCCAGCCGGAACCGGCGCCGCCACCGGGCUGGACUCACAUUCCCUUCACUGCGAGCAUGCCCCCGAAUCCGAGUGACACUACGAGAUUUGCUCCCCCAAGAGGACUGCAGAUUCCUGUCACGACUCCGAACGACAUCAUGCAGCGGGAGAUGAUCCAGACGCCUAUCGACGCCAUGAGCGACAUGGAUUACAUGUCACCCAUUGCCCAUUCGUUCCCCCGAGAUGAUAUUUCCACCUUCGUUCACAGCCCGAUGGUUUACGACAGCUUCCCUAGCCAUACCUCUCCGAUCCCCCAGUCACCAGUCGCUUCCAUCAUGAUGGAGCAGACUCGGGCGCCAGCCCCCUGCUCCAGCUUGGUUUACGCACCGCCUGAACUACCGUCGAGCUUGCAGUCUCACAUGUCGCAUGUCGACAGUUUGGAUGCCCAGCUGAGCCGGAAGUUUCCUCCUGAGUGCGAUGUGAUGAGUGAGUCAAAGCCGAUGCCACCACGUUGCUCCUCCUCCUGGCAAAAGCUAACCCCGGGACAAUCAGUCCCUGGGACACCUGAUCUGGACACCACAUAUAGCUCCAGUGCUCAGUCGUAUGGCCCCUUUUUGUCAUCCUCGUCCAACACUGACGAGGAAUCCGUCUCUCAAAGCGUUCCGGAUCGGAACCCGGUGCCGUGGCCCGGGCCUAUGUCGAUCCCCUCGCAACCUUCGUCUCCGGUCUUGCAAGUGAGCCCAGAUCUGAUUAACAAGAUACCUUUUUUCAUGGAUUAUUACGAGAAGACCAUGUGUCCAAGCAUGGUGUUCAUCGAUGGGCCUGGUAACCCGUUCAGAGACCAUAUCCUCCGUCUCAGCAGUACUAGCCGGAGCUUGCAGCAUGCUAUCUGCGCUCUGGCUGCUUGCAAUCUGAGGAUGAAGCGGAAGCUCAGCCUCGGUCUCCACGGCAGGGAUGGCGAAAGGAGACUGGACAUGAGCCCGAUCGACAGCGGGUCCAGCGUGCAACCCAAGGAUCAGUCGCUUGCUGAGGAGUACCAACACCGGAACCUCGCGGUGCGACUACUGAACGAGCAGCUGAAUGACCCAGAACGGUCGACACACGAUUCUGUCCUUGCCACGAUUCUCUUGCUGUGUCACUACCGAAUGGCUGAGUCUGGGGUUGCCAAGUUCCAGACGCAGUUCGCUGGUGUCAAGAAGAUUCUGGGUUUGAGACAAAUGUCCCCAUUCCCGGCCUCGAGGGAAUCGGCAUGGAUGGAAGCUCUCUUCACCUACCUCGACGCUGUGUCCGCCAGCAUUAACAACAGAGAGCCCCAACUCAGCAACUCACUGUGCUCAGUACACCCUGACUCGAACCCCCUGCCCCUAGGCACCGAGAACUUAGUUGGCUGCGACCGCGAGCUUUUCAAGACUAUUGUCAAGCUUGGUCGCCUGAACAUGCUCUCGCAACACCGUCCGGUACAGAACGUGUUUUCCCCUCCGCCUUCGCUCUCACGUACCCAAUCAUCUCCGGCACCCGAUUCUCCUCUGGGCCCAGCGCUCAAGCCGGCCCCGCCCAUGCUUGGCGGUCAUGAGCGUCACCACAGUAUCUUUGGCGGCGCUCCUCAUCCCCUUAGCACUAGCAUCCGCUUCGACAGUACCGGUUUCAGCACUGCUUCCAUGGACGACGAGGAUCUCCUUGGCACUUCGCUCCAGUCCCAGACAGCCUAUGACGACCCACGAAGUCUGUUUUGGCGCGAGUGGAAGGAGGCCCGCAUGGCCCUGCAAAGCUGGGAGUUUGAUUCGGCCCGUGUCCGCGCAUCGCUCCAAGCGGCCUUAUCACCAUCCUCUUCAUCGAAUCCAUACCAGAUGCUCCCCAACACAUCCUCGCAACUCCCUGUCGUCCCGACAAGCGCCCAAGUCCGCGAUCUCAACUCGCUCAGCGAAGCCUUCCGUUACGCGGCGCUGCUCUACACAGAGCGCUUGGCCAGCCCCCACGUGCCCUCCAACCACAACACUUUCCGCAACCUGGUCAGCCAGGUUGUCUACUACGCUACAAGCCUAGAGGCCGGCAGUGCGGCUGAGAAGUUCUUGCUGUGGCCGCUGUUUGUCGCCGGAAGCGAGUGCGUCAACGAGCUGCAGCAGAACAUUGUACGGUCUAAGUGCCGCGAUAUCAUGGCCCGUAGCGGCUACAUGAACAACCUGGCGGCGCUGGACAUCUUAGAGAGGCUGUGGGCUGGUGAGUGUCGGGACACUCUGAGCAGGAAUGGAGUUGUGGGAGCCAUGGGGAUCCCUGGGGUCGUAAAUAACAGAUCUGGGCCUUUUAACUGGUCGAAAUGGAUUAGCGGUCCGGGCGUUGAUGUCGAGUGGAUUAUGUUUUGA